CCAUACAAGUCCCAGCCAGGUGAUUCUGACACCGAAAAAUGGAGCCCUAUGAUGUGGUCAUAAAUCAGCCUGUUGUCAUCGAUAAUGGAUCAGGAGUAAUCAAGGCAGGUUUCGCUGGUGACCAAAAUCCAAAAUGCCGCUUCCCAAAUUACAUUGGUCGCCCAAAACAUGUAAGGGUGAUGGCCGGUGCCCUGGAAGGUGAUAUAUUUGUUGGUCCCAAAGCAGAGGAGCACAGAGGUCUGCUGAGCAUUAGGUAUCCCAUGGAGCAUGGCAUUGUCACCGACUGGAAUGACAUGGAGCGCAUCUGGCAGUACAUUUACAGCAAAGACCAACUUGGGGCGUUUUCAGAAGAGCACCCAGUUUUGCUGACAGAGGCGCCACUCAACCCCAGAAGGAACAGAGAAAAAGCUGCUGAGCUCUUUUUUGAAACCCUCAAUGUCCCAGCACUUUACGUCUCCAUGCAAGCAGUUCUCAGCUUAUAUGCAACUGGUCGUACAACAGGAGUGGUUCUAGACUCAGGAGAUGGUGUCACUCAUGCGGUGCCUAUUUACGAAGGUUUUGCCAUGCCCCACAGCAUUAUGAGGGUGGAUAUUGCAGGCCGUGAUGUCACGAGAUACCUAAAAAUGCUGCUGCGAAAAGAGGGGGUCAAUUUCCGCACAACAGCUGAGUUUGAAAUAGUUCGCACUAUCAAAGAGAAAGCUUGCUACUUGUCCAAAAAUCCACAGAAGGAAGAGAGUGUUGAAUCUGAGAGAGUGCAAUAUCAGUUACCAGAUGGCAGUAUGCUGGAGGUUGGUCCCGCCAGAUUCCGGGCACCUGAGGUCUUGUUCAGACCAGACCUGGUCGGUGAAGAGUCGGAAGGCCUCCAUGAAGUUCUCCUUUAUGCUAUCCAAAAGUCAGAUCUUGAUCUUAGACAAGUUCUUUACCAAAACAUUGUCUUAUCUGGAGGUUCCACACUUUUUAAAGGCUUCGGAGAGAGGUUGUUGGCAGAACUGAAAAAGUUGGCACCCAAGGAUAUUAAAAUUAAGAUAUCUGCACCCCAAGAACGCUUGUAUUCAACGUGGAUAGGUGGCUCUAUAUUGGCCUCUCUGGACACAUUCAAGAAGAUGUGGGUUUCAAAAAGAGAAUUUGAGGAGGAGGGUCAAAGAGCAUUGCAUCGCAAAACUUUCUAAUCUUCCUGAUUUGAAGCGUUCCAAGGGCAGCUCAAGGAAGUUUUUCUUAUGUUAAUUUUCACUGCAAAUGUACUUUAUUUGUGGUUCACGAGCAUACAGCCAAAUAAUCAACGUCCUCUAUACAUUCAAAUCUGGUGGUUGAAAAUUUCAAUGGAAUUGAGCAGCUAACUAACAAAGCAAGCACAUGAUCGAUGAAAGACUUCUAGCCCUUAAAAAUAUUCUUUAGCUGCAAGUUCAUUAUUUAUUAUAAUCCUAGAUGCACUCAUGUUUUUUUAACUUCAAAUAUUUUGGUUAAUCAUUUGAUAAUAUAACAUAAACGGUCAGCACUUGUCAGCAAAAUUGGAUGGCAAUCUUAAUUUUUUGUUCUUAAUUCUGCAGUAAUAUUAAAUAUUGCUUUAUAUAAUAAGA